AUGGUUCACCAGUGGUUCAUGAGCCCUCACCGCUCCCUGGCAGGUAUAAACAAGUAUGAAAUGCUCCUCAGAACAAGAUGUUUGAAUUCCUAACGAAAUAUUCACAAAGUGUUUUGUAUGUAUGACACCUAUCAUAGAAAAGAAGUAACAUAUGGUGAUAAUCCAGCUCAUCUGCCCUUGAGGUUUUCUGUGAUGGGAGCAACAUAGAGAUGAUAACACAAGAAAGAAAAUAGUUUAGGUUAGUUUCAAGUACAACAAGUAAGAUGAGAGUGACAGGGCUCAUCCCAGCACGCUUUCUAACACUGACAUCACACCUUGUGCUUCUGAUCAGUGUAUUACUGGCUCGGGAAGAAAAUGUCCUUGCCUGCUUGCCGGUGGACUACACAGAGAUGGAGUACAGGAGGCGUGAUGGAGAAUUUCUUGGGGGAUUAAUCGCUGGUGUUGCACUGAUAGCCCUCGAGUUUAUUGGCUUCAUCACAGGAGUUUCAAUGUUCACCGGUUUAGCCUCCCUUGUGUCUAUUGCUUGUCAUAGUGGUGCUUCCAUCAGCUUAGCCUAUAUGGUGAUGGACUCCUGGGACUGUAGACUGUACUGGUGGGUCUUCUCCUUGGCAUCUGUAUGUCCAGCCAUCAUUGAGAUAGGGAUCAUGAUCAAUGUACUAAUGCUGAAGAAAAAUGUGUGAAAACUUCUCUACAUUACAUCCUCAUUUUCCAAAAAAGAUCUCAGUAUUUUUUAUCUGGUAUGAUUGUCCUCACUUAAGAGUAUGAUUGUCCUCACUUAAGAGUCUGAUUGUCCUCACUUAAGAGUUUGAUUGUCCUCAUUUGAGAGUGAAAUAUAAAAUUUUUGUAUUGUAAGUAUGGAUGAGAGUAGAGAUAAACUAAUAGAACUUAUAAUAAAAAAGAAAAAGAUUU